AUGAAAUUUCUUUCCGCAUUUCUUCUUGGAAAUGCGCUAACGAAUGCAGCUGAUAGAUUUCUGCCGCCGUGGCAGUACGAUGGCACGGUUUGGCCUUUGCCGCAGAGUAUGACGGUGACGCAAGAGUUUCAAAUUUUAGAUGCAAAUAUCCAGUUCGUUCUGACUCCUGAGUCGCCCCAAUGCGACAUUAUCCCCGACAUCUUCCAGCGAUACCAAGAUCUGAUCCGUUCCCACUUCAAAAUCGCCAGUUCUAGUUCCAAAAAGCUCAAGUUCUCAGCCUCCUCUGCCGCUGGAAUCAUCGAGACAAUUGAGGUCAAAAUCAUCAACUGCGAAAACUACCCUUCUCAAAAUAUGAACGAAUCGUACACCCUUCAAGUCGGCUCUCCAACGCCCGAGAAAGUUGAAUUGACAGCCAGUGCCGAGUGGGGAGUAAUUCAUGGACUGGAGAGCUUCACGCAGAUGAUUCACAAUAUUGACUACCGACCGAGUAUGAAUAUUCUUCACUGGCAUAUUGUCGACCUGCAAAGCUUCCCUUAUGAAUCGCAAGUGUUGCCGGAACUCAGCUUCCUUGGAUCUUACACACCACUCCAUGUCUACACCAUUCACGAAAUCAAAGACAUCAUCGAAUUCGCCCGCCUAAGAGGCGUCCGAGUUGUUCCAGAGUUCGACACUCCCGGUCAUACCGACGCUUGGGGACCCGGCGGUGGCCCGAAAUUCUUGACUCCUUGCUACCACAAUGGCGAGCCCGACGGAAGCCACGGGCCAAUCAACCCCAUCUACCAAGAAAACUACGAUCUCAUGCGAAAACUAUUCACAGAAGUCAACGAAGUCUUUCGCGAUAGCUACCUGCAUCUCGGCGGCGAUGAAGUUCCAUUUGGCUGCUGGAAGUCUAACGCAGAUAUAACUGCGUAUAUGGCGAAGAAUAAUUUGACUACGUACGCGCAACUUGAACAACUUUGGGUUCAAGGAAUGGUCGACAUCGCACACGACUUGAAGAAAAACUACGUUGUUUGGGAAGAAGUAUUCGUCAAUGGAGUGAAAAUCUCAAAUGAAACCGUCGUUGAAGUUUGGAAGGGAAGAUCUGGAACAUGGAAGGACACCAUGAAUGCGGUCACGAAAUCUGGCCACAAAGCCAUUCUCGCCUCCCCUUGGUAUCUCAAUAUCAUCUCAUACGGCGUUGAUUGGGAAGGCUACUACGUUAUCGAACCAACUGACUUCAACGGCACCGCUGAGCAGAACAAACUUGUCAUGGGCGGUUCAGCGGCGAUGUGGGGCGAAUUCGUCGACGGAACAAACAUUCUUCAGCGAAUCUGGCCCCGCGCUAGCGCUGUCGCCGAGCGGCUUUGGAGCGACAAGUCAGUGAACCAGCCCGGCCCAGCGCGAUGGCGAUUGAACGAGUGGCGCUGCAAAAUGCUCGCCCGGGGUCUCCCUGCUCAGCCAGCCAUUCAGAAUCCAAACGUCAAUCCUAAUUUCGGAUACUGCCCUUAUCCAUUUGAUCCUUUCAACAAUGCCCAUUACCUUUUCUAA